AUGCCCCGUAACCACGGCGGGGAGGAGGGCGGCUCGGCGGGGCUCUGGAUGAAGAGCGGAGCGGCGGCGGGCAUGAAGGAUGUGGAGUCGGGCCGGGGCAGGGCGCUGGCGAGCUCGGCGGCCCGCGGCGACGGCCUGCUGCUCCUGGGCACCGGCGGCACGGCCGCCCCCGCCGGGCUGCGGGAGGGCCGCCGCGGGAAGCACGGCGCCCGCAUGAGCCUGUUGGGGAAGCCGCUGUCGUACAGCAGCGGCCCGAGCUGCCGCAGGAACGCCAAGUACCGCCGGCUUCAGAACUACCUGUACAACGUGCUGGAGCGGCCCCGUGGCUGGGCCUUCGUCUACCACGCCUUCGUUUUUCUCCUUGUGUUUGGUUGCUUGAUUUUGUCCGUGUUUUCCACUAUCCCUGAGCACACAAAACUUGCCUCUGGUUGUCUCUUCAUUUUGGAGUUUGUGAUGAUUGUUGUCUUUGGUCUGGAGUUCAUUAUCCGUAUCUGGUCUGCUGGCUGCUGCUGCCGGUACCGCGGAUGGCAGGGGAGGCUGCGCUUUGCCAGGAAGCCUUUCUGUGUCAUAGACAUCAUUGUUCUCAUCGCUUCAAUUGCAGUUGUUUCUGCAAAAACUCAGGGUAACAUUUUUGCAACAUCAGCACUGAGAAGUCUUCGUUUCCUACAGAUCCUCCGCAUGGUGCGCAUGGACCGAAGAGGAGGCACUUGGAAAUUGUUAGGUUCUGUAGUUUAUGCACACAGCAAGGAGUUAAUCACCGCCUGGUACAUAGGAUUUUUAGUGCUCAUCUUUUCAUCUUUCCUGGUUUAUCUGGUGGAAAAAGAUGCAAACAACCAGUUCUCCACAUAUGCAGAUGCUCUCUGGUGGGGCACAAUCACGCUGACAACCAUCGGCUACGGAGACAAAACUCCUCUGACCUGGCUUGGGAGGUUGCUGUCUGCAGGAUUUGCUCUGCUGGGCAUCUCUUUCUUUGCACUGCCUGCUGGCAUCCUUGGCUCAGGAUUUGCAUUAAAAGUGCAGGAGCAGCAUCGUCAGAAACACUUUGAGAAAAGGAGGAAUCCAGCUGCCUGUCUGAUUCAGUGUGUGUGGCGCAGUUAUGCGGCUGACGAGAAAUCAGUUUCCAUUGCUACCUGGAAGCCUCAUUUGAAGGCCCUGCACACCUGCAGCCCUACCAAAAAAGAACAAGGGGAAGCUUCCAGCAGUGAGCUUUGUAGUAAUAAACAGAAGCUCUUCAGGAUACACAGCCCCCGGAAACAUAGUCAGAAGCUGAGCUUUAAGGAGCGUGUCCGGAUGGCCAGCCCGCGGGGCCAGAGCAUCAAGAGCAGGCAGUCUUCGGUGGGGGAUCGCCGCUCCCCCAGCGCCGACGCCGCCCCCGAGGGCAGCCCCACCAAGGUGCAGAAGAGUUGGAGCUUUAACGACCGCACUCGCUUCAGGCCCUCGCUGCGCCUCAAGAGCUCCCAGCCCAAGCCUGUGCUCGACGCUGACACCAGCCUGGGGACAGAUGAUGUGUAUGAUGAGAAAGGCUGCCAGUGUGAUGUGUCAGUAGAAGAUCUCACUCCUGCUCUUAAAACUGUCAUCAGAGCCAUCAGAAUUAUGAAAUUCCAUGUUGCAAAGAGGAAGUUUAAGGAAACCCUUCGCCCAUAUGAUGUGAAAGAUGUCAUUGAGCAGUACUCAGCAGGUCACCUGGACAUGCUCUGCAGGAUUAAGAGUCUCCAGUCACGUGUUGACCAGAUUCUUGGGAAAGGACAGAUCACAGCAGACAAAAGAAGCAGAGAGAAGAACCCUGCAGAGAAUGAGGCAGCUGAUGACCUCAGCAUGUUAGGGCGUGUGGUCAAGGUGGAGAAGCAGGUACAAUCCAUUGAGUCCAAGCUGGACUGUCUGUUAGAUAUUUACCAGCAGGUCCUGCGGAAGGGCUCUGCCUCGGCGCUAACGUUGGCCUCCCUCCAGAUGCCAGCUUUCGACUGCGAGCAGACCUCCGACUACCAGAGCCCAUCAGACAGCAAGGACUUGGCUCACUCUGCACAAACCAGUGGCUGUGUCUCCAGAUCAGCUAGUGCCAACCUGCCUCGUGGCCUGCAGCUCAUCCUGACACCAAAUGAGUUCAGCACUCAGGCUUACUAUGCUUUCGGUCCAGCUAUGCAUAGUCAAGCGACGCAAGUGCCAAACGAUGGACCUGCGGCGGUUAGCAGUGCAGCAAACCAAAUGAACCAGGCCAGCAAGCCAGCAGCUCCAUCCACCUUACAGAUACCACCUUUCUCAUCCAUGAAGCACAUCAGCAGGCCUGAGCCAGUUCACAUCAUUCCUGUGACCACCCAGGAGAACGUUUCCGACGUCACCGCUUGCCUUGUUGCCUCCAAGGACAGUGGACAAGUCACCCAGCCGGCUGCCGCCAAGGAGCUGGCCUGGAGGAAAAGCCUGGAUGCAGGAGGGGAACCUUUGCUCUCAGUUAAACCUGUGGUGCAGAUGGACUUAGGAAAGUCUUUGUCUGUGCAAAACCUCAUACAGUCGACCGAAGAACUGAAUGUACAGGGGGCUGGCAGUGACUCCAGCAGUUCCAGAGGCAGCCAAGACAUCUACUCCAAGUGGAGGGAGUCGAAAUUGUUUAUAACUGAUGAAGAGUUGGAGGCAGGGACAGAGACUGCUGAAGCCACCUCCCACCCGCUGGUGGAAACAACUCUCUCUGCUGACUCUCUAAGGACUGGAAUAUCAAGAUCAUCUCAAAACAUCUGCAAGCCAGGGGACGGUACAGAAGCGCUCAGUCUGCUCCACGUCAAACUGAAAUAA